AUGCCCAAUCCCGUGACGCGACAGAAUGUUGGCUCCCCUGUCACCCCAACCACCCCAAGUUCCGCCCCGCCCGAUCGAAAAAUCGAUAAUAGACACGCAUUCACAACUUCCUCAUUUCACGCUUCACCAUUUCAGAGUACGACGGUCAGAAAACGUCGGGAUAACACAAUGAAUUUCAAUGACGUCGGCCCAUUCUUCAUGCAAACACAACAAGUCGCAAAUAUAUACAGCACGGAUAGAACGAAUAGUUACAAGAUCUGCAUUAAUUCCAAGGUCGACCGUGGCUUCUUUCUGGCUGACAAUGAUUGGACCUGCUACCGGAGGAAUUACUUCCAGAUCAGCAGCGCCUUCUCCAUCACAAGCACAUCUCAUCCGCUUAAGGAAUCAGAUACGCAGUGUUUGAUAGAGGUUAACGGGCAAUUUCUUCCGGUGACCCAAUUCUUAUUGGGUAUCACGGCUCGUGUUUCUAAUAGUGACAAGAAAAUCGAUCUUGUACAACACACCCCAAAACGUGAUAAGGGUCCUCAGAUGGUCCCCAUGCCAAAGCCUAUUCGCCCAGGUGGAAACCUGAAUCUUAGUUCGGUUGGUUCGAAUUCAAAUAUCGUCACAUUCGAACGUAUUCAGUUCAAAACGGCUACCGCGAACAAUGGCAAGCGCCGUGCAGCUCAACAAUAUUAUGUGAUUAUGGUCGAACAGUAUGCCGAAAGUGAUAGUUGCGAUAACUACCUGGUCGCCACCACAAUGUCAGCUCCCUUGGUCGUUCGUGGUCGUAGCCCUGGUCAUUAUGCUGAUGCCUCGGAACGUUUUAAUCCCUUGACGAUGCACCCGUCAUAUCCAAAUGAUGGUCGACAGCAUAUGAAUUUUCCGCAUCCUGGGCAGGGUGGUUCCCCCGGUGUGAUCCAGCCUGAUUUCGGUGGGUCCCCUUAUCCUGGUGCCUACGGUCAAUACCCUCCGUUCCAGGGUUUCUCUCAGAUCAUGAUUCCUACCAAUCCAUCGUCAUCCGAGACCUCACAUUUUCACCAACACCAGUCCCACUACAUAGUUCACAACAUCCCUCAGACAAGUGAUAGUCAGAAUAACGACAUGUUCAACAAUCACAACAUUGACCCAAGUAAUAUUGAAG